AUGGAGGGGAGGUACUGGUGCCACAUGUGCUCGCGGACGGUGAGGACCGUAAUGGAUUCGGCGGAGCUCAAGUGCCCACUCUGCGACAGCGGCUUCGUGGAGGAGAUCGCCGGCGACGGCGGAGCCGUCGACUCCGGCGACCUUGGUUCGGGUCGAGCUCUCUCCCUGUGGGGUCCCAUCUUGCUGGGGAUGAUGGGCAAUUCCCGCCGCCGCCGGUCCCGGCUGGAUGACGGCGACGAGGACCUGGACCAGGAAUGGCACCGCGACCUUGAAGCCAUCCUCCGGCGGCGGCGGCGGAGCUCCGCGCUCCUCCAGCUGCUCCAGGCCCUGCGCACCGGCAUCGACCUCGACGGAGAAAGGGACCGUGCUCCGCUGGUCGACCCAUUCGAUCAGAGCAUCCUCCUCCCGCCGCCGUUCGACGGGCACCGCCGGCGGAGCUCUGACGAGGAUGCCCCUGUGGGUGCGAUUCUUGGGGACUACCUCGUUGGGUCUGGCCUGGAUCAGCUGCUGCAGCACUUGGCGGAGAAUGACUCCAACCAGUACGGCACGCCGCCGGCGCAGAGGGAGGCGGUGGAGGCGCUGCCGACGGUGACGGUGAAGGAGGAGAAUUUGGGCUGCCCCGUCUGCUUGGAGGACUUCCAAUGCGGAGCUGAAGCGAGGGAGAUGCCCUGCAAGCAUCGUUUCCACAGCGCCUGCAUUCUGCCAUGGCUGGAGCUUCACAGCUCCUGCCCAGUCUGCAGAUUUCAGAUUCCCGCUGGCGGGUCGAAGGAGACGCAUGUGCCAGAGAGUGCCGGCGGCGGGUCGGAGAAUCUGGCCGCCGCCGCCGCCGGCGACGGUGCCGCCAGGAGGUCGUCCUGGCUUCCGAUGGCGUGGCCCUUCAAUGGGCUGUUCUCCUUGUCGGGCUCCCAAGGCAGUGGGAAUCCUUCUUCCUCAGCAUCCGGAACUAGCCGCUCUCAUGAAGACGACAGCUGA